AUGUUUUAUAUUAGACAAGACAGAUAUGGAUUACCUAGUUACCAAAGGCAAUACCAAUCUAGACGUAACCUGGUUGAAUUGGUUCUUGGAGACAAUAUAGAAGAAUUAUAUAAUGAAAGAGAUAAUGAAAGAGAUACUCUUGAUUAUCCACAAAGUUAUAAUAUAGAUGAUAAAGAUAUCGACUGUAGUGAAAUGUACCUAAUUCAUUGGGCCGCAUAUGCAAAUUCUAUUGAUUGCUUUAUAUAUUUAUAUCAAAAAGGCUGCAAUAUGUUUCUAAAAACAUCAUCAGGACUUACUCCACUUCACUAUGCAAUUCACUGCAAUUCUGAACUAGUAUUAGCAUUUAUUUUCAGAGAAAUUUCGAAAAAUAUUUCUUUACAAAAAGAUCUCCUUGAAAUUUAUGAAAAAAGCUAUAAAUUAAAAGAAGCAGAUAUCAAGAAAAACAUCAUUUAUCUCACGAUCAUGGAUGGUUCGGCAUUUUGUCUCCAAAAACUUUUUGAUUUAGGGUACAAUCUUGAAAAAUGUCAAACACCAAAAUUUAAAGAAGAAAUUAUUAAAAAAUGCAUUUCAAAGCACAAAGCAGAUUGCUUAGCAAUAUUACUAAAGUACACAUCAAGCAAAAGUCAUGAUCUUCUAUCAAAAACACCCGUCAUGCUUGCAGCAGAGCAAAAUAAUUUGGAAGGUCUUAAACUGCUUCUAGAAAGCGGAUUUAAAGCAGAUGUUUGUACGGUAAAUUCAAGUAAUGAAUACAAUAAUGCUUUAACAGUUGCUACUUUUCUGUAUACUCCUAAUCCACAAGUUGUUAGUUUGCUUUUAGAUCAUAUUUAUGACUUGAGAUCACUCGAACAAAAUGGUCAUGAUACUGCUGCUCAUUGUGCAAUACAAUCUAGAAAUUUGGAGAUCGCAACAAUGAUUCUUGAGAGAACACAUGAUGUAAAAACAUUAAAUAAACAUGGAAAAUCACCUGCCCAUCAUCUGUUGUUAUGGAGGAAUCAAGAUGAUGCUGUAAAAGUAAUGAAAAUCUUAAUCGAAAAAGGAUUUGAUGUUAACACAACUUUUCCAAAUCAUGAAUCGUUUCUUGGAGAAUGCUUAAAGGCUAUAUCACAAAAUUUCAAGUUGAUAGAUUUCUUACUUCAAAAUAAGGCUGAUGUUAAUGCAAAGAUGUAUAAGAAAGAUGUACCAUAUACUACUUGCAAGGAAUUCAUUUUGCAAAGAAUUCAAAAUCCAAAUUUCAAGCAAAUUAUCGAUAAACAUCCAGAAAUAUUCUCAUAA